AUGAAUCGUGGUGAAAGCCCAAUAUUAAUUUUAUCUUAUGAUCAUCAAAUAAAAGAACUACAGCGAAGUUGUACAAGGAAGUAUGAACAUAUACCACCAUCAGCUUUAUGUUUGGAUACAACUUUUAAUAUUGGUCGAUUUUUUGUUACGCCCACCACAUUUAGAAAUUCAGCAUUACAACUUCGUCGUACAAAAAAGUCACCUGUUCAUAUGGGACCAACGAUGAUUCAUUAUGGAAAUAAAUCGGAAUGUUAUGAAUCAUAA